UUCUGCUCUAUCAAUCCUAUUGUCCCCUCCCCAGCAAAGCAUCCAACCCUGUCGCGGCUCCCUCCACAGCGUACCAGCCUUCGAUCCAGCCCAGCAUUCCACCCUCGCAACAAAGAAACAAAAAAACACACAUAAGGGCACGCACCUCUGGCCGGAGUCCAGCUCAGCGACACUCCGUUGACCUCCUCAACCUCCAAACCAACCAGCCAACCAACCAACCGCAUAACUUUCAACCAAAGGAAAAAUGUCCUACUACGUCGCGCCCAGCCAGCAGCGCACUCUCCGCGCUUGCAUGGUCUGCUCUCUCGUCCAACUCCACAGCAAAUUCAUGCGCGAAGGCUGCCCCAACUGCGACAACGUCCUCGGCCUCCGCGGCAACAACGACGCCAUCCAAGAAUGCACAUCCCAGGUCUUCGAGGGCCUGCUGACACUCCGGGACCCCACGACCAGCUGGGUGGCUCGGUGGCAGCGGCUGGAUAGCUAUGUCCCCGGGACAUACGCCGUCAAGGUGACCGGUUCGCUUCCGGAUGAGAUUAUUUCCAGCUUGGAGGACUCGGGGAUCAAGUACAUUCCGAGGGAUGGUAGCACUGGUGAAGAGGAGGCGUAGGAACGGGGCCACUCGUUUCGAUAUUUGCUGAAUGACGGAGGCCGCGCGGCCUAGAAAUUCUGGGUGGAAGGGGAGGUGGCUUUCUUUUUUUCUUGUUCCUUGCGCGGAUGCACAACACUGGAGUUUUGGUUAGGUUGUUUUCUCGUACUAUAUGCGAUUCCGGGAAACAUGGUUGCUUGCCCCUUGGUUUUCUUUUUACUGCGCCGGGGUUGCUCGUCUAUUCUUAUUUUUCCAAAGACGAGCUUUCAGAAAGGUUCAGAAGAUCAGCCCCAAACAAUGCUCGAUACCCGAUUAGAUGAAUGUUCAAUGUUGC